AUGUCUGAUCCGGUCGGCGAAGACGGUUGGCUUGCUCUUGUCGACGAGGCAAGUAGGACUGCAGGCGAUCUGGAGCAAAGAGUGGGCGUCGUGGAGUUAUACAAGCGCGCGAUUGCAGCUGAGCCUUGGUCAGUCAAGCUGUGGUUGGCGUAUUGCGAAUGGGUCUGGUCGCUUUAUACAGAUUGCCAAAAUGGCGACGCAGGAUGGCCUGAGGAGGAGCAGCUGCUUGGUCAGGAACUGUUUUCUUUGGAGACAGCAUUAGAUGUCUGGCAGCAAGGGGCCCAGGCUACUCAGUACAGGCUGAGCGACAGUCACGAACUCUGGAAUCGGUGGAUGUCGAUAGAGCUAGACCAGCUUGCCAAUCCUCCGAGCCCGCAGAGUCUCGAACGGAUUCGAACUCUCUUCUUCGAUCGAUUACAAAAUCCACAUGCGAACUGGGAGGAGACGUCGCAGAUGUUUUCCGCAUUUAUUUCGAAAUACGAUGAAGCUGCCUACGAAUCAACUAUGGUUCAGGUCACAAAAAUGGCCAAAGGAGCGAAGGACAUUUAUGAAAACCACGAGGACCACGAGCUAAAAUUGAGACAAGCAAUCAAUUCUGGCAAUAAUGAACUCGUCAAGCAAGAGAUGAAGAAUUACCUAGAGUGGGAACAUGGACUGACCCUGAAGAAGACGAAGAAGGGCGCGCCUGUAAAUUCACCUAUAUUCUGCGUUGCGCUAUACGAAAGAGCACUAUGCUCAACACCACUUGGCUCGGAUGCAAGUGUCUGGGAGGACUACAUUGUUUUUCUCUCGGACACCAAGGCCAAUGUCCCUAACGCUCAGUUGCCAGCCGUCCUCCCUGUCAUUCAACGAGCUACAAAUCACUGCCCUUGGUCGGGAUCACUUUGGGCGCGAUAUAUUCUCUGUGCUGAGUCUGAAGGGCUUCCAUUCUCUACGAUGGAGCAAAUCAAGCACGCUGCCACAAAUACGCGCGAGCUGGACCGUGAUGGCAUGGCUAGUGUCGUGGAUUUCUACAUCGCGUGGAGCAGUUACCUAAAACGUCUAGCUAUGGUCGCUGAUGCAAGCGAUGAAAAUGUUGAUGUCGCAGACAUGGGACUACCUACCGCGUUGGAGGAUGUUCAAACGUGGGGCAAUAGACGACAUGGCAAGGAGUGGAAGGGUGAUCCAAUGUUCCGUAUCGAGCGACUCAUCAUUGAACAUCUAACCCAGAAGAAUCAUGUUGAACAGGCGCGAGAAUUUUGGAGGAAUCUGAUCAAGACUCACGAUGGAAGUCUGGAUUGGCCUGAAAAGAUCAUUGAAAUAUAUGUUCGACACUGUCAAUUGUACGAAGAUGUCGAUGUGCUUCUCAAAGCUAUGAGUAUUGUUCGCCGAGUCAGCAAAGGCGUCGCUAGAAGACGAGAGACGGAGGCAGCUGCACUUUACGCUCAACAACAGCAACAAAUGGAAAUCGACCAGGAAGUCCAACCAGAAGUGCCAAUGGAGACUGCGACCGAUUCCCCAUCUAGUGCUACGAAAAGGAAACGAGAGUCGGAGGAAGUUGAUGGUGCUGUCAACAAGAAGGUGAAGAGUGUAGACCAAGAUGCCCUGCGGGAGCAGCAUUUGAAACGAGACCGUGAGAAUACCACCGUCCUAGUCACCAAUUUACCCCCGGAAGUCGCUCAAACCAAAGUUAGGCAAUAUUUUAAGGAGUAUGGACAUAUCAACAGUAUUGCUGUGAAGUCCGAAACCGAUAAGCUCUCUUCCUCCGCAUUGAUCGAAUUCCGUACACCAGAAGAAGCACAGUCAGCUCUUCUACGAGACAACAAAUACUUCGUCGACAAACAAAUCCGAGUGAUCCCUGGCACGGGCUUGACCCUGUUUGUCACGAAUUUCCCACCCACAGCCGACGACGCCUAUCUACACAAGCUCUUCAAAGAUUGUGGCGAGAUAUUCAACAUUCGCUGGCCAAGUCUUAAAGCAAACACUCAUCGACGAUUCUGUUAUAUCUCUUUCAAGACGCCAGAAGGGGCAGCAGCCGCGACGCAGCUCGAUGGGCAGUCAUUGGGGGGUGUUUACAAGUUGAGUGCGAAGUAUUCAGAUCCUGCUAACAAGAAAGACCGUGAAGGUGCUAUGGCGGAAGGCCGCGAACUUCACAUCACAGGCCUUGAUUUCAGCAUUACAGACGACCAAGUGAGAGAAGUAUUCGGCAAGUACGGCAAUGUGGUGAGAGUGAAUAUCUUGAAGAAGACGUCAGGAGAGAGCAAAGGUGCAGGCUUUGUUGCAUUCGAGAAGAAAGAAGAGGCUACUGCAGCUCUUGAGCUGGAUAAAACCAAGCUCAAGUCACGCAUUCUCAACGUCGAAAUGUCAGUGGGCAAGAAUUUCAAGCCAACUGCAACAACGGUCGUUAAAGGUUCAUCGGCUUCACCCGCACCAGAUGGCGAUUCAGCCAUGUCACCAUCUCCCGCUCCCGAAGGUCAUCUCAACACGCAUGCAUUUCAAGGACCGUCGAAGACCGAGAUCACGAAUAGGACCAUGACACUCAUGAACAUUCCUGACACAGUCAAUGAUGCUCGCAUUCGCGCGAUUGCUGAACCUUACGGCGAAAUAGUCAAGCUCAGUUUACGACCAGAUCACCAAGGGGCAAUCAUCGAGUAUGCUGAUGCGGCAGCAGCUGGUCGAGCAGCCUUGGCUCUAGAGAACCAUGAGAUUGCUCCUGGACGGAAUCUUCGCACUGGAGGAUUGAAAGACCUGUUUGCAGAGAAGGACGAGGUGAAGACAGAUAUGAUUCAGACCGGACCAGGCAAGAAGGCUGGACCUGCUUUCAUGCAACCCACCGCCCCUGUUAGACGACCUGGUCAAGGUGGUAAAAGUGGAGUUGGUCAAAAGAAAGGUCUUGGUUACUCCGUACCCAAGGCGGCACCAUCGAGUGCUAGACCUUCGAACGAUGGAGUCAAUGAUGCGAAUGGAGAGAACAAGAAGCCGAAGAGCAACGCGGAUUUCAAGGCCAUGUUUCUCAAAGGAGGCACUGAAUAG